AUGACUACCAUAUCCCAGGCAGUCAUCGAUGACCAUAGAGAGCUUGAGAAAUACUACAAUGAAGUAGUUCACAACGCAAACGAUUAUGGCCGUCAGCAACGCUUCGGGAACCAGUUCAUCUGGGACCUCGCUCGACAUUCCGUGGGCGAAGAACUGGUCGUGUACCCAGCCCUAGAAAAGCACCUCGGUGCAGAGGGCAAAGAAAUGGCUGAACAUGACAGGAAGGAGCACCAUUCUGUCAAGCAGAUGUUGGAAGAGUUCCAGGAGAUGAGUGCCUCUGACACGGGCUAUGUCGACCAGUUGAAGAAGAUCUGGGGUUCUCUUUCCGAUCACAUGAAAGAAGAAGAGGAAAGAGAUCUACCUGCUCUUGAAGGCAAACUUCAGUCCUUUGGGGAGGAGUCUAGCUCUAUGGCCAAGUCCUUCCGGCGCACAAAGCUCUUUGUGCCUACUCGCAGUCAUCCCAGUGCUGGGGAGCAUCCGCCGUUUGAGACUGCAAUGGGUUUACUUGCCGCCCCUAUUGAUAAGGUGGCUGAUUUGUUCCGGACAUUUCCUGACAGGGAAGAGCUGUAG